CCCAACCCUAUUUUUGUAUCACGCUCGCUACUCUCUCUGGCUCUGUGUGAGAUCGAGCUAGUGUGAAAAAGUGGUUGUGAUUUUGGUGUGAGUGAGACUAAGAUGGGCCAGAUCCAGUACUCUGAGAAAUACUUUGAUGAUACUUAUGAGUACAGGCAUGUUGUUCUUCCUCCGGAAGUGUCCAAACUACUUCCAAAGAAUCGGCUUCUUUCUGAGAAUGAAUGGCGUGCUAUUGGGGUUCAGCAGAGCCGUGGUUGGGUCCACUAUGCAAUUCACCGCCCUGAGCCACACAUCAUGCUCUUCAGGAGGCCAUUGAACUUUCAGCAACAGCAGGAGAACCAGUCCGUCCUUGCUAAGUGAUUCCUGUGAUGGAUCAGACCUUGUAAUCUCUAUAACUGAAAUGCUAGAUCGUGAGGGUUUAUUAUAUGUUUAAAAGAAAUUAAUGUCCUGGCACACAUAUCGUAAAUUCUCUCUUUUGGAGAAUUGCAAGUCUUUAGUGACCUCCAACUAUCGUAAAUUCUGGUGUACUGAUAUUAUCUAGAUUUUAUGGUCAAUAGCUUUUCCUCU